AGCUUGUUUGCUAGGGUCCCUGGGCCCUGGGAGGGGUUGUAGUUUUCUUUUAGGGUUCUUCACUUGGAGUUGAAGAGAUUCUUUGAUGAUUUGGUGGCUGGGCUUGAGCUUCUCCACCCUUUUUGAAGACCUUAGAGGUUUUCAGAGGCCCAGAACUCCAUAAUAUGAAGCCCUAUUAGAGAGACUGAUACAGAGGAAGCUGGAGUGAUUCUAAGGGGAGGGAAGAAUCUGAGGAUCAUGGAGAGCCUCAGUGUGAUCAUUAGUUUGGACGCUGGUCCUAAGGCAAUAGGAAGCCAGAUAAGAUUUUUGAGCAGUGGCAUGACAUGAUCCUAUCUACAUAUCAGGAAAUAACUUUGGUAACAGCGCAAGCACCUGUUAGAGCAAGGAGACCUAUGGAGAGGGUGGUAUGGGAGACUGGGCUUUGCUUGGUGGUGGCUGUCAGGCCAGGGGCUAUUGGGGUAGAGAGGAGUGGUCGGGUAUCCAGCUAGACAGUGAAGCCUAGAGUAUUGAGGUUAGGAGGCUGGACCAGCAGAGGGUUCUUGGAGCCAUGCCAGGGUCCCCAGGGCCAUUUCCACAGUGACUGUGCUCUGGGGCUUUGCUUCUGCCACCCCACCACCUUGGAACCAACAUAUUUCCCACCGGGGCCCUUUUCUUCCUGUUCUCUCCCGUGCUGGAUUGCCCUAAAUCAGCAGAGGGCAUGCUGAGGUGGGAGGAAGUUCCAGUUUCCUCAGCCUUAGAUACUACUUGGUAUUCUGAACUGGUCUGUGCUGAAGAAAAAGAUGUCGGAUAUUCCAGGAAGAGAGGAGGAGGCGGCUAGUUCAUGUCAAGUGGCUUGUUCAUGCCUGGGUCCUCCUGCCAGGUGAAUAUUUACAAACACAGCCACUCACCUGGCAACACCAGCACCACUGAUUCCCUUGAGUGCUGUCCACACUCCCCUUGCCCCCGACACACACACAAUACACAUCUCUGCUGCAGCCAAGAGAGUCUCUUGGGGUAUGGAAGGAGGCAGCACAGCUGGGACCCUAGAGACCACCAAGCCCUACCCCAGGUCAAAAGAGAGGUGUAGAGGUCAGAGGAGGCCAAGGCCCUGUGAAAUAAUGAGAUGAGACCAGACUCCAAGGCUGAGGCUCUGCCCUCCCCAUGCCAAAGGCUUGGUGGCUUGGGCUGACUGUGAGGCCCAUGUCCUCAGGGGACCUGGACUCACAACUCUGCCGUGCAGUGGCUCCCAGGUCUGAAGGGAACCUCAGUGUAAAUGCAAGCAGUUCUGACUGACUGAGAAGGUUGGUAAGCCGGAAAGAAUGAGACCCUCUGGUUGCUGCCCAGCCAAGGAGGGGUGCAGGCCCAGCCUCAAGGCCAGAGGAGCUGCCACUGCUGCAAAUACCUCCUUUGGGGUGAGCACCUAAGUAGAAGUUGUAAGGAGGAGUGGGCAGCCCAGCCCUUUGUGCACUGCGUUCCAUCACCCCAGGUAGGAGGAGAAGGACUCAGCCGGGAGAAGUUGGUGAGUUCUUGAUGUGAGACCAGGAAGAAGCCCACCCAUGUGGGCUGGCGAAAAAUAGCAAAUGACUGGCCUGACUGGCUUGUCCCCUCACACAGGCUCUGGUGGCCUUGCACUUCCCCCAGCCCCUGAACCCGGGCCUGGGUUCUUCCAAGCAGCUGGAGCUGGUUGUCUGUGGGCUCAGUGCCAAUGCAAAGGAAAGGAUGGAUUGUGAGAGUGGGCCCAGUGUUGGCAGGGGCUGGGGUGGCCAUACCACAUGAGGGGCUGGCAUUGAGACUGCAGUCUUGGGCUUGAGUCCAUGCUCUACUACUUCUUUACUGUGUGCCUCGCUUGCUGAACAAGGUGGCUUCUCCAGUGGAGUCUCUGUGCUCCCACCUUAGAGGGAGUACCUGCAGCUGUUGUGAGGGUCAAACAGUACAGUGCAUAGGAAAGGGCUGCCCAGGCAUCAGGAAUUCCGGAAUUUUAGGCCAAGUCCCCUUCUUCCUCCCACUGAGGACCAUGGUAAUAUGGUGAUUGCUGAAAGCUCAGCAUAUCCAAGAGGCCAGCCCCACAGACUUGUAGCACUGAUCUUUGUAUGAGAUUUUGUGGUCUCAGUGCUUUAUUUUCUGCACAGAAUAUUCUGUUCCCUAAGUGUCCCAUGUACUCUUUCAACUCCAGCCUUUGUAUAUUUACUUUCCUCUGCCGGGCCACCCUUUCGUCUUUAUCUUUCAUUCUCAGGAUCAAUAUCACUUCCUGCCAGAAGCCUGCCCUGACUCCCUCAUAUCUGUGUCAGGCAGCUUUUCUGGCUCCCCAUGUCUGAUCAUAGCACUGCCCAUUUCCUCAUGUGUCCUCCCCAUGGGACCGAGGGCAGGCCCAACUCUGAGCUAGAUGACAAUAGGGACCGUGUGAGGGUCUGCUAGAUGGGUAGAAGGACAGGUGGAUGACUUGGCUAAUCUGGGCUGUGCUCUGCAAAAACUCUAGCAUUGCACCGAACGCCACAAUACACAAAGCUUAGAGUCCAUGAGCAACUGCCAAGGACCAGGGACUGGUGGUAAUGAGGUAUCCUUCCAGGGUUCCCUUUAAAACUUUUGGGAUAUAUAGCUGAGCCCUCAUGCUACGCAUGAGUUUUUUGUUCCUUGGCUUCUCAGAUCAUUGAGUCAGUUCAUCUCCUUUAAGAAAAAUGUCCAUCAGCUCAGAACCCACCCUAAGAGCUGGCGAGCAUGUCUGGAUUUUCUACUAAGUAGUGAGUCAUUUAUCUGAGAGGCCUGACUAUGAUUUUAUCUUCCCAUCUGCAGCUUAGGGAAGUAAAUGUCCCAGGCCAGCAGGUCACCUACCCAGAGUCUUCUCCAGAGUGAUUUUCCCUGGUGAAUCCACUGUGGUCCGUAGCUUGUCCUCUGCUUUAUUAUGCAGAAGCUGAAUUGGAUGGAUAUGCUAGGAGUGGGUUGUUCCUCCAGGAUGGUCUCAUAACUGACCCAGCUCAAGGAAGCGCCUAUUAAAACUGGAUUUCCAGCUCAGGAGCACAGUGACAAUACCACACUUGGCUAGAGGCUCACCCAGAGCCUAUGGGUGCUGAUGAGUGUUCCCAGGACUCAGCCUGCUGUGCCAUCUGCAGAGCAUAAACUCCUGUGGGGCCACAGUGUCCAGGCCAAAUCACCUGUGCCCAGUGCUUGAACCAGUCCUGCUCCUGACCUCUUUUCAUGUGUCCUGGGCUGAGCAGUCCUCUUGGUUUGAUGAGCAUAUUCUUUAGCCAUCUCUUUAGUCCUCCAAACAUGCCAGAUGCAGUGCAAGAGGCUUUAUAUGUCUAAAUUGUAUUGCCCUCAUUUUAAAGAUGGGGAAGUGGAGGUUCAGAGAGGAAGGAUAGGCUCAACUUUGCAUUGCUCAUAAGAGAAGGAGAAGGAAUUCUAACUAAAGAGUUUUUUGACUGUCUCUGCAACUGACUUCAUCUCUGGUGUUUUGAUGUUAUGGUUUAGCACAAAUGCCAUUUAUUGGGAGUUUAGCAGAUCUCCCCUCUCUCAGGGGUCAAGCAAUUGUUUGACUCAUAUCCCAUGGCUGCAGAGUAGCUGCUAUUGCAUUCUCCUUGCUUCCCUUCUUGGAAGCACAGCCAUGCUUCCAAAGGCCAAGGGCCUGUGAGGAGGGUACCUGUGGAUGGUACAGGGCAGCCUCAAGCCCAUCCUGCCAUCUCUGGGCUGGCAGACCUGUAGGUACCUCUAGCCUCAGGUCCUACUAGGCAGUGACAUGAGGGGGUCCCAUUGGGGAUGCCAGCACCCAUCACCUUGCCCACCCUUGAUAGUUUCCUCAGUUCCAAGCAAGGUGCAGAACCCCUGAGCCAAGCUGGCUGUGUAUUUGCUCUGCCAACACUGCCUCACUUAGUGGCUGAGAGGAGGAUGCAGGAGGCCCCUGGGGCCUGCUUCUCUUUCAACCAUUCGCCAGUGCUUCUCACAGAGACCUUCCUUCUGUGUACCCUAGGGCAUCUCCCAUGUCUCCCUGAUGGACCCACUGUACCCGCUUGGGCUGUAGUGGGUGAGGGUGGCUCCCUGGCCGCCAUCUGUGACAUGGCAGGAGAUGUUGGUCCCCUGGGGAGCGCACACAGCACUCUGCUGAGCCAUUUCGCUCUGAGCGUUGGUUUCUCUUCCUACCAGUUUAACACCUUCUCUCCUCUGCCACCUGCCUUGCUUCUGAACACUUGCUGAUGGGAUCAGGGAGGACAGCACAGGGCCCAGUUAUGGCGGGGCCAGCUGUCCUCUUGGUACUCGGUCAGGGACAGUGCAGAGCCAUAGUGCUCAUACAGUCAGAUAGGUCUUCACCUUCACAUCAUGACGGCUGGAGUAUUUGUCAGGGCUGAUCUGCAGUCUGCCCUGCCCCGCUUCGGUCUCAGUCUCGCUCAGGGUCAUGGCCUGGAGUUAGGAGAUUAGAAGUAGAGUGGGAGGAGCCUGCAUUCCUUCACCCCUGGGCACCGUGCUGAGCACUUCUACUGCCCUUCCCUCUUCUCCACACCCCAGGAGCAAAGAUAAGUAAAACGCUAUGACAGCAGUCACACAGGAGAACAGAGCACCCAGGCCCUGAGGCCCGGGAGGCAUCAUUCCCAGAGCUGCCAGAGCAGUGGUCCUGGAAAAUAUGGAAGCAGCUGUCAGCCAUGGCCCAGGGCCUGAGCGUGUGGUUCUCAGGAAAACUGGGCAGGAUGUGUGACGGCAGAAGGUUCUGGCCUCUUCCUGGGAAAAGCCCUUCUAGAGUUUGUCCUCUCACUUCUGGAGAAGAUGCAGACACAGGAGAUCCUGAGGAUACUGCGACUGCCUGAGCUAGGCGACUUAGGCCAGUUUUUCCGCAGCCUCUCGGCCACCACCCUCGUGAGUAUGGGUGCCCUGGCCGCCAUCCUCGCCUACUGGUUCACUCACCGGCCAAAGGCCUUGCAGCCGCCAUGCAACCUCCUGAUGCAGUCAGAAGAAGUAGAGGACAGUGGCGGGGCACGGCGAUCUGUGAUUGGGUCUGGCCCUCAGCUACUUACCCACUACUAUGAUGAUGCCCGGACCAUGUACCAGGUGUUCCGCCGUGGGCUUAGCAUCUCAGGGAAUGGGCCCUGUCUUGGUUUCAGGAAGCCCAACCAGCCUUACCAGUGGCUGUCCUACCAGGAGGUGGCCGACCGGGCUGAAUUUCUGGGGUCUGGACUUCUCCAGCACAAUUGUAAAGCAUGCACCGAUCAGUUUAUUGGUGUUUUUGCACAAAAUCGGCCAGAGUGGAUCAUUGCGGAGCUGGCCUGCUACACAUAUUCCAUGGUGGUGGUCCCGCUCUAUGACACCCUGGGCCCUGGAGCUAUCCGCUACAUCAUCAAUACAGCGGACAUCAGCACCGUGAUUGUGGACAAACCUCAGAAGGCUGUGCUUCUGCUAGAGCAUGUGGAGAGGAAGGAGACUCCAGGCCUCAAGCUGAUUAUCCUCAUGGACCCAUUCGAAGAAGCCCUGAAAGAGAGAGGGCAGAAGUGCGGGGUGGUCAUUAAGUCCAUGCAGGCCGUGGAGGACUGUGGCCAAGAGAAUCACCAUGCUCCUGUGCCCCCACAGCCUGAUGACCUCUCCAUUGUGUGUUUCACAAGCGGCACAACAGGGAACCCAAAAGGUGCGAUGCUCACCCAUGGGAACGUGGUGGCUGAUUUCUCAGGCUUUCUGAAAGUGACAGAGAGUCAGUGGGCUCCCACUUGUGCGGAUGUGCACAUUUCCUAUUUGCCUUUAGCACACAUGUUUGAGCGAAUGGUGCAGUCCGUCGUCUAUUGCCACGGAGGGCGCGUUGGCUUCUUCCAGGGAGACAUUCGCCUCCUCUCAGAUGACAUGAAGGCUCUAUGCCCCACCAUCUUCCCUGUGGUCCCACGACUGCUGAACCGGAUGUACGACAAGAUCUUCAGCCAGGCAAACACACCAUUAAAGCGCUGGCUCCUGGAGUUUGCAGCAAAGCGUAAGCAGGCCGAGGUGCGGAGUGGAAUCAUCAGGAAUGAUAGUAUCUGGGAUGAACUCUUCUUUAAUAAGAUUCAGGCCAGUCUUGGUGGGUGUGUGCGGAUGAUCGUUACUGGAGCAGCCCCCGCAUCACCAACAGUUCUGGGAUUUCUCCGGGCAGCUCUAGGGUGCCAGGUUUAUGAAGGUUAUGGCCAAACUGAGUGCACAGCUGGAUGUACCUUCACCACACCUGGCGACUGGACCUCAGGGCACGUAGGGGCACCGCUUCCCUGCAAUCAUAUCAAGCUCGUUGAUGUUGAGGAACUGAACUACUGGGCCUGCAAAGGAGAGGGAGAGAUAUGUGUGAGAGGACCAAAUGUGUUCAAAGGCUACUUGAAAGAUCCAGACAGGACGAAGGAGGCCCUGGACAGCGAUGGCUGGCUUCACACUGGAGACAUCGGAAAAUGGCUGCCGGCAGGAACUCUUAAAGUUAUUGAUCGGAAGAAGCACAUAUUUAAACUUGCUCAGGGAGAAUAUGUUGCACCAGAGAAGAUUGAGAACAUCUACAUCCGGAGCCAACCUGUGGCGCAAAUCUAUGUCCAUGGGGACAGCUUAAAGGCCUUUUUGGUAGGCAUUGUUGUGCCUGACCCUGAAGUUAUGCCCUCCUGGGCCCAGAAGAGAGGAAUUGAAGGAACAUAUGCAGAUCUCUGCACAAGUAAGGAUCUGAAGAAAGCCAUUUUAGAAGAUAUGGUGAGGUUAGGAAAAGAAAGUGGACUCCAUUCUUUUGAGCAGGUUAAAGCCAUUCAUAUCCAUUCUGACAUGUUCUCAGUUCAAAAUGGCUUGCUGACACCAACACUAAAAGCUAAGAGACCUGAGCUGAGAGAGUACUUCAAAAAACAAAUAGAAGAGCUUUACUCAAUCUCCAUGUGAAGUUCAAGGAAAGUUCUUCUCAGUAUAAUGGACUGUGUAGCAAUAUUAUAGUUAUUCUUGAAAGUAAUGAGUCAAAAUGACACAUCUGAAAAUGAAUAAGCAUCUGAUUUUAUGACUGAGCCUUUUCCUGUCCCAAGAGGUCUUUAACAAUAUUUUCUCUAUCAUCAAUGAGUACACUUUAUUUUUAUUAUUAAAAUGAUAUUGUAGCGGGCUGCUAAAAAUAUCACAAAUGGCAAUGUAAAAAUCAAGACAUUUUCUCAAGAACUGUGUACCACUAAAAGUAAUAUAUUCUCAAUGUUCACAGAACUCCUAUUAAACAUAAAGGAAAAACAUAAGUGAUAUAUUGUACUUAAUUAUUUGUGAAAUAGUAACCAGAUGCAGUAAAUAUCUAGGCAGUGUGGACUACCUCAUUCAAUAACUGAUUGUCAAAAUCACAAUUAAAUCAGACUUCAAAAAUUAAAGCUAGGUGUACAGAAUCAUGCUAAAACAAAACAUAACUCAUAGUCUAUGUAACUUCAGAUUCUUUAAACAUGACAAUCCAUAUUGUCAUAUGUGAAAGUUUUCUAUCUGAUUUUUACUUUCAUUCAUGAAAAAUGCAAAUUCAGAAUUUUUUUUUUUCUUUGUGUUUUGAGACAGGGUCUGCUCUGUCUCAAAGGAGUGCAGUGGCUCAAUCAUGGCUCAUUGCAGUCUCCAUCUCCUGGGCUCAAGCGAUCCUCCUGUCUCACCUCCCAAGUAGCUGAGACUACAGGUGCAUGCCACCACACCUGGCUAAUAGAAAAUCUUUUUUUUAGAUAUUUUGUUCAGGCUGGUCUCAAGCUCCUGAGCUCAAGGGAUCCUCCCGCCUUGGCCUCCCUAAGUGCUAGGAUUACAGGCAUGAGCCACUGUUCACAGCCAAAUUCAGAUAUUAUUAAAACACAUGUCAUAUUUAUAUAGUAACUUACAAAGACCUUUCAAUACGUUUUCUCAUUUAUUAAGCUCAUUAAAAUAUUCAGGAACUAUCUAGAAAAAAUAUAAUGGAAAACUAUUCAAGGAUAGUAUGUAUAUGUUCAUGGACUUCUUAUCAUAAUGAAUUCUAAAAGACAUCUGUUGACUCUACAAUGAAUGGAUCCUUGAGGAAGACUUGGGAGAAGAAACUCAGAGUUAUUUCUCAGGGUAGGCAGCAAUUAAUGUACCUAUAUUCCUUGCUGGGGUCUCCUAGUUUUCCAUUCCCAAUGUGUCCACGCUAUGCCUGGAAACCCUAUAUGGUUGUAAUUCUGAACAAUUUCACUUUUUUCCAGUAAGAAUAUCAAGGCAGAAGGUGGGAAGGAGAGGAUAUUAUUUCCAGGGAAAAUAGUUUUUCAACAAUAUAACUUUGAUAAACCUCUUUAAAAUGCCCCAAGAAAACUUUUUAAGUCCAUAGACAAAGAAAUACCACCUAAUGGCAUAAUUCCAUUCUUAAAAUCUUUAGAAGUGCCCAAGUUUACCCACUAAAACCUCCUUUCUUGCAUUAUGUAUUUAGACCCACCCUGUAUUGGGGUGUCAACAAUUUCAUAUAACUAAAGUCCAGAUACCAUGGACAGCAAUUAAGUGCCAAGCUAUAGAUUGUGCCUCUGAAAAACGAAUGGAUCCCAGGAAGCUGUUUUUCUUCUAUAGAGACAGGACUCUAAGAGCAUAUGAACAAUCCAUAUGCAAUUCGUGUGUUAAUUUAAAAUAUAUAUGCUCAGUGUUUGUAGUCUAGAAGCUCCUUUCCCUUGGAGCAAUGCCAAGCAGUUUGCAAAAAUAAAUGCUGUUAGUUAAAAACCACAUAAUCACAUGGGCCUAUUGAAUAAAUAUGCAUCAGUGAUUAUAUACUUAUAUUUCAGUCUUGUCAAAAGUGAAUCACAGUUUCAUUUGAUGUAUUUAUCCAGGCUUUUUAUCCAGCCUUUCUUGGGCAUAUUCUCUCUGAAGACCCACUGUUGCACUUCUAAAUUUGACAUUUAAGAAAUGAGCUAGUUCUAUACACACUGAUUUUUAAAGGCGUUUCUGAAUAAGCUAAUACUUAAAAUGUCCAAAGUCACAUCUGUAUAGCAUUAGAUUUUUAUAUUUAAUAUAUAUUUGACUAAUUAAAAGUGAAAAUUGUUACCUGAACUGGAUAUUCAUACUAUUUUAAGGGCAAGUUGCUUACAUUUCAAUAACAACAAAAAAAGAAGCUGUUUCUCAUUGUCCUCCUACUCAACUAAAAUUUCAUCGUUGACUUUAAGCCCAAAAGAAUUUUGGACAAUGUGACAUAAACAAAUAAUUUAAAACUUAUUUCGUUUUAUUUAUACUUUAUAAUAGAUAUGACUGAUUAUGGACAACUUUAAGAUUUCUUCUUUUUGGCCAGGCACAGUGGCUCACGCCUGUAAUCCCAGCACUUUGGGAGGCCAAGGCAGGCAGAUCACAAGGUCAGGAGAUCAAGACCAUCCUGACUAACACGGUGAAACCCCGUCUCUACUAAAAAAAUACAAAAAUUAGCCGGGUGUGGUGGCGGGUGCCUGUAGUCCCAGCUACUCGGGAGGCUGAGGUAGGAGAAUGGUGUGAACCUGGGAGGCGGAGCUUGCAGUAAGUCGAGAUUGUGCCACUGCACUCCAGCCUGGGCCACAGAACAAUACUCCAUCUCAAAAAAAAAAAAAAAAAAAAAAAACCAGAUUUCUUCUUUUGCCACUUAAAAGACCUUAUAUUUCUAGAUUUCCAGGUCUAUGUGGAAAUCAUCACACUUGGGCCAAUAAAUGGGUUAGUUGAGAUGUGCUGAGAAAAGUAAAUAGUGUACCCUAAAUAUAUUGCAUGUACAUUUAUCUAUUUCUCUGUUUAAUGCCACUUAAUUUUGUAAGAAAUGAGAAAUGAAACCCUAUGUAUCAAUGGAAAAAUCUUUCUUGCUUCAGAUUUCCCAACUUCAUUCUGGAGGAGAAAAAAAUUUGUAUUUCUCAUUAACAAAGAUAUAAAAAGGUGUUGUACUUAUGAUAGUCACAUUCAUAUUGGGCAUCAGAUCCUAUUUAAGCCUAGAAGUAUAAUAGAGAAUCAGUUCCUUAAGUGUAAAUACGUUCUUAAAUGUUUGGCCUUUUUAUCUGUUAUUCAAAUGUAUUAGUAAUUCUCAUAUUUUGCAAACAGAUCCUUUUGUGUAUAUUAUAAAAUAUAUACCAAAUCUGUUUUUCCCUUUGCUGUGGAAGAUGUCUUUAUAUAAUAUUGAGACUUUCCUUGCAAAUGGGAGAGGAGACUCUGGUCAGGUAUAGUAUGUAGGCCUAACCCCAUGUAUUAGGAACUCACAAACUCAGAAAUCCAAGGAUUAAACAUUUUAUGUCUCCUUCAUUUACGCAAGUCAUGCUUUCAUUCUAAAUGUAGUUAAAACUACAAGUAUGAGAAAAAAAUAGAACUUUCCACUGGAAUUUUUUACAAUCAGGUAAUGUUUUAGCAAUUUGAAAUCAGCACUUAAUUUGAUUGUAUUACCUAUUAAAGAACCAAUAACCUUUCCUUUUUCUGCAGUAAAGAAAAUGAAAUAUCCUUUAUUUUCCAAAUGUAUGAAGCACAAAUGUGAUAUAGUUAUUUAAAAUAUAAAAUACUUUAAAAUGAAUGUAAAGAAUGGGAAAAUAUAUUUUUGCAUGAAAACAGACUACUUACAAAUGUGCUAUCUCAGGAAAAAAAAGAAUGAAUAACAAUAUAUAAAAUUGGUAAACUAUAAAUUGUCUGUAUUUCCUUGCUGGUUUUAAUUUUAAGGAAGCAUUUACAUGAAAAGAGAAAGGGAUCCUAGUAGUCUGAAUUUCCUCUCAAGUAUGCUAGAAAACACUUUCUGUGAAUUUACAAUUAACUGCAAUAAGAAGUGGGUUAGCAUUCAAGUAAGGUCAAUACCCCAAAUGAGAAGCUCUUCAGUUAGAACACAUUAUUGGUUGUAACACAGAAGCAGUAGAUAAAUAUUUGAAAUAUGAGCAUUUCUAAACUUGGUCCCAAAUGGAAAGGGUUUCAUGAGGUAAUGGCGGCUUUUAAACAUUCAUUUGACUGAUUAUUCUAAUUUACCUUGUUAAAUCACUGCAACAGUUGCAUGGGGGAAAAUGGAUAUUUUUUGAAGAAUUGCUUAUUCUACUUUCAAUUUUUAAAAAUUGAGGGGAUUAAAAUAUUACUUUUUAAAUAUGCAUAAAAGUACCUUAACUGUAAUUACAUUUUCAGUUGCUUUGUUAUAAUAGCAUGUAUAUUAAAUAUAAAAUGCAUUUAUGAAAAUUUUUGUAAAAAAUAAAAGAUUUUUCAUUUCUCAAA